AUGGCGUCCCAAGAAGGCCGGAACAUCGUCGUCACCGGCUCAGCGUCUGGGAUAGGCCUAGCAACAACGCUUCUCCUGGCCGCACGUGGCGCCACCGUCUGGACAGUCGACAUGGCCCAAGCCCCCGCGGAUGAGUUGAAGCCGUGGAUCGAGAAGGGCAAAGUUCACUUCGAGGGCGGUAUCGAUACCUCUGACCGAGCGACUGCGAGGAGAUACAUUGCCGACGUGGUCAGUCGGGCGGGCCGGCUUGACGGCCUCGUCAACAACGCUGGGAUCGGAUUAUUCGAGGGCCCCAUCGCCUCGGACGAGGCCUACGAUCGCAUGAUCGCCGUCAACAUCGGCGGCGUGUGGAACUACGGCACCGCGGCUCUGCGGGCGAUGCAGGUCCAGAAACCCCUGGGCCCCUUCAACUCGAGAGGCAGCAUUGUCAACAUUGCCAGCGGUGCCGGCCUCAGGGGCGUGAGCGGGCUGGCCGUCUACUGCGCGACCAAGCACGCCGUCAUCGGGCUGUCGCGGGCGUGGCAGGAAGAUUUUGGCAAGUUUGGCAUUCGUACCAAUUCCGUCGCUCCUGGCACCACCGCCACAGCUGCAUUCAAGGUCCGCGUGAAAGAGGAGGAGGGGUUCCUCGAAACCCUCCCCUCUAAUCCGCUUGGUCGUGUCGCGGAACCCUCCGAGAUCGCCAAUGCCGUGGCGUUUCUCCUAUCUGACGAAUCGAGUUAUGUUGCGGGUGAAGUCCUCGCGGUAUCCGGGGGCCACAGUUGA